AUGGAUAAUCACUCAAAGAGGUCUAGACGUGAAGGAGACCAUCCAAGAAGGAGAACAAAGCCUAUCAGGAAUGAGCGGAUCAGGGAAACCGAAGGAGAUUCACCGAGAAUAGUUGUUGUCUCAAAAGAAAUCCAAAGAUGGAAAGCAGCAGAUCCUAACGAUGAAGAGGUCGAUGAAUUUCUCUUCCUUGGGCUCAAUGACGGGUUUGGUCUUUGGCCUGAUUCUGGUUACGGCGAUGGCGUCAUCAUCGGUGUUUUCGACACUGGUAUCUGGCCGGAACAUAUCAGUUUUAAUGACUCGGGUUAUACUUCUGUACCCAACCGGUGGAAAGGUAUUUGCGAGACGGGGCCGGACUUCCCGACCUGUAACCGCAAGUUAAUCGGUGCUCAGGCUUUCUACAAAGGACUUGAAGCACAUCUCGGACAUAGAGUUGAUGUGGACGGUAAAGAAUCAAGAUCACCUAGGGACACUGCCGGACAUGGUACGCAUUGUGCAGCUACUGCAGCUGGAAUUCCGGUCGCAAACGCGGGGUUUCAUAACUAUUCAGUUGGAGAAGCUAAAGGAAUCGCAACUAGAGCUAGACUCGCUUCUUACAAGGUGUUGUGGGAUAUCGGAGGUGUUGAUUCUGAUACUCUAGCUGCUAUUGAUCAAGGUGUGAAAGAUGGAGUUGAUGUCAUGUCUAUCUCAAUCGCUAAAUCCUAUGGUACUCCUCCAUACGACAAAGAUCCGUUAACAAUUGCAACUUUUGGUGCAGUGGAAAAGGGAAUUUUGGUUUCUUGUUCCGCCGGAAAUGAUUGGGAUAGAGUAAUUUCUAACGUCGCACCAUGGAUGUUGACAGUUGGAGCGUCGACUAUUGAUAGGGAAUUUCGUGCUGAUGUGAUAUUAGGAGAUGGUCAAGUAUUCCCAGGUGUUUCGUUGUAUAAUGGGGUACACGAUACUUUCUUGGAGAUUGUCUACAUUCAACGCGGUGAUGGUACUUCUGAAAUGUGCGUAGACGGAUCGCUAAGCGCAGCUCAAGUUGCUGGAAAAAUUGUGGUUUGUCUGGGUGAUGGAAGUGAGGUUGCCAAGGCGGCUGGUGGUUUCGGAAUGAUUCAGAUGGGGAUGGUUGAACAGUUUGAAAUGUUAUCGUCGAAAUUCUAUCCGAUUCCGGCGACUCAAGUUAACAAAAUUUCAGGUUUUAAGAUUAUAGAAUAUAUCACCAAUAGUAAAAACCCUAUGGCUAAGAUCGAUUUCCGAGGAACUGUAACUGGAUCUUCAUCGUCAUCUGCUCCUAAAGUUCAUUAUUAUUCUAGCAUCGGCCCGAAUCGGAUAACCCCGGAGAUUCUCAAACCAGAUGUUAUUGCACCUGGAGUUGAUAUCUUGGCUGCUAAGUCUGGGUCAGAUGAUGAAUUCCUACUCAUGACUGGUACUUCAAUGGCAUGUCCUCACGUGAGCGGAUUGGCUGCAAUGCUUCGAAAUGCAUUUCCUAAGUGGUCUCAGCUGCCAUCAAAUCAGCUCUCAUGA